GCAGCGUGGCUUUACUGAACACAUACCACGGUCGAAUAAGCGCAUCAGACUCCCCUCGGCUCCAGAUACCCGCCAAUGAGAAUGCACAAAAGCGUGAGGGAGAGAGAGGGAGAGAAAGGACUCCGCGAGAUACAAAGAGUGAGCCAAAUCCCACACAAACAGACACAACACAAGCUGGAGGGAACGGAAAGGCGCUCACAUUUCCCACUCACCUGCAAACGUGAUUGACGUGGGUGUUCGUAUCGGUGGGUGUGUGUGACACUCCGUUCGCGGAUAUGCUGACUCGAGUUUCUUGGAAUUCAUAAGAAUCGUUCAAUCUUCGCUCGCGCAGCAUCGCACGCGCUCGAGCCGAGUGUCCAGAGCUCGGAAGGUAUCCAGGUAUCCCGCCGGUCUGACUCGCCUCCUUCAGAACAGAACUGAGCACCGAGAGAGACACCUGCGUACAGUUUUUACCGGGGAGAAACUCUGCGGGCACUGGACGCCUUUCCAUCCCCGCUUCCCAAUUUUUGCGCUCCGUGAGGCAGGUGUUUUACGCAGAGCUCCUUCUCGACUGUCUCACCUGUCUCCACAAGACUUUUGCUCCAGCCUAGCUACGUUCACAGACGUCUGUCUUCAAAAUUGUUUCAAGUGAUCGACAUCAACAAGAGACAUGGAUAACAGCCCCGGCGGUGGAGGUGGCGGAGUAAUUCUCUAUGCAGGUUCCUCUGGCAGUUCCAGUCCCAGCCCUGGCAGCCCCUCCAGUGGGUACCAGACACAGUCACCCUCUUCACACUCCCAGCCCUCAUCUCCAGAGGAGGUUACCUUCACAGAGAUCGGGCCAUUGAAACAGAGGGCAGCUGGGUGCACCACCCCAUCCUCCAAACUGGUAUUCCAGUUCCCAGAGGUCUACAGUGGCUCCUCAGUAUCAGCCACUACACAGCAUACCUAUGCACACCCCAUUGCAGGAAAGAGGCCAUGCGGGUUCCCAGGAACUUUCACCAAGACAGGUGGAAUGGUCCUGCUUUGCAAAGUCUGUGGGGACAUCGCAUCUGGUUUCCACUAUGGGGUGCAUGCCUGUGAAGGUUGCAAGGGCUUUUUCCGCCGCAGCAUUCAGCAGAACAUCAACUACAAGAUGUGUGUGAAGAAUGAGAACUGCCUGAUCAUGCGCAUGAACCGAAACCGUUGCCAGCACUGCCGUUUCAAGAAAUGCCUCUCUGUUGGCAUGUCAAGAGAUGCUGUGCGUUUUGGCCGCAUACCUAAGAGAGAGAAGCAGCGACUUCUGGAUGAGAUGCAGAGCUACAUGAACAGCCUAAAUGAAUCAGCUGCCAUGGACAUGGACUCAUCUUCAGUGAGGGACGCUCCCCCCAGCCCAGAAGAUGGCAACUCAAAAGAGGCCAUUGGGGCCAUCUCCAGAGCCUACCGUGACAUCUUCACCACCAGCAACAGCAGCAGCCAGGAGAGAGUAGCCAAGAGGGCUAACAUCACCACCAACAACAACAACAACAAAUCUCCCUUUUCUCAGGAUGCAAGUUUUCCCCAAGUCUCAUGUCACUCCACCUCUGCCCAGAGUUAUCAGUCUUGCCCUGUUGCCCCUGCCACUCAAUGCCCAGUUGCCCCUAAUGACAACCAACCUACAUUCCACAAUGUAGACAACAAUCACUACACCUACUUAGUUUCAACAAAUCAGAAUCAUGACCAGUCUAAUGGUAUAACAUCUCAAAGGGGCAGCUCUGCCAAUCAUAACAGUUUUCGCAAUGCAGGAAGUGCAACAGAUCAGCUUUCCUGCCCAUGGAAAUUAGAUCCAGGAGCUAAAGUGCUGGCCUGUCCUCUCAAUGUGUGCCCUGUAUCAGGGGCAGAGCAUACGAGUCAGGAGAUAUGGGAAUCCUUCUCUCAGUGUUUCACUCCUGCCGUCAAGGAGGUUGUAGAGUUUGCCAAGGGCAUCCCAGGAUUUCAAGAGCUUAGCCAACAUGACCAGGUCAUGCUGCUCAAAUCAGGCACCUUCCAGGUUCUGAUGGUGAGGUUCUGCACCUUGUUCAAUGCUGAGGAGCGCACAGUGACCUUCCUAAAUGGCCAGACUUACCCCCUGUCUACCCUGCGGGCUUUGGGCAUGGGCUCCCUACUGGACGCAAUGUUUGAGUUCAGUGAGAAGUUGGGCUCCCUGGGGUUGGAGCCUGAUGAAAUGGCUCUCUUCAUGGCUGUGGUGCUGGUCUCUGCAGAUCGUUCUGGCAUCUCAGACAUAUGGGCUGUAGAGCAGCUCCAGGAGGGUCUGAUUCGCGCCCUACGGUCACUGAUCACCCGACGUCGUCCAGAUGACACCGCCCUCUUCCCGAAACUCCUCCUGCGCCUGCCAGACCUGCGCACCCUCAACAAUCUCCACUCCGACAAACUUUUGGCCUUUCGCAUUGACCCUUGAGCAGCACUUGUUCACCAUGCACACAGACACAAACUAUUUUACACAAACGUAUACAGUACAUCACACACACACAUUAUCUUCUAAGGGCAUGACUUCCUUCAAAGUUGAGAAACAAUGAAUUUUGCAAUCGAAGAAGUGUUUUUCAAAAGGAUAAAUGAGGGCUGUGGCGAACAUUUUUUUGAUUCACUAUUGAUUUUCAUGCAAUGUUAUGGGACAAAUGAACAUACACAUACAAACUCAUGUAUACAAAUAAACCUCAACACCUCUUGAAAGACAUUGUUCCAGUAAAAAAAUAAAUAAUUGUGUAUAGUUACUAUCACCCUUUUGGACAGAUCAUUUAUGCAUUUGCUCAUUAUAUCCAGUGUACUUAAGAAUAAAAGCCAGUUCAUUUCUGUUUAUUCCUUUAGUGGUACAAUAUCAACAGACCAUCACUAAGCAGCAGCUGAAAGACGGAUAUCGUAUAUCUAAACCGUUAUUACUUAGGGACCAUUAAUGAUGAUUGACUGUGUGUCAGUGUGUGUUUAAGAGAAAGGGAACCUGUAUAUAAUACAUAGCGAAAUGGUAAGGUAAUUCUGUAUCACUGUUUCACAAACAUGCCAUCUGCAUUAGCACUGGAAUGAGACUAUUUUAAUGUGUCACUUGUACACAUUGAGAUGCAUUCUGUCUCUUACUAUUUUUGACUAAUCUUCCAUACAUUUGUCACACCUUGGGUUUGAAUAUGCCAGCUUCAUUAGUCAAUGGCAUUUUAUAUGUUUUGACAAAAACACUGUGUCUGUGUUUAUUGUAUCACAUCUGGACAGAUGGAGAUGCUCCAUGCAUGUUGGGUUUUGUAGUUCCUUUGUUUAUUUUUGUUGCUGUAAAUAUUAUUUUACCCCAAUCUCUAUGUAUGACUAUCAAUGACUGAACUGAUAUAUAUAAUUGAUGGGACAGAUGAGUUCAGUGUAAAGAAGAAUGUACUGACCUUCCUUUACUAGCGGGGGGUUUGGCCAUGUCAAGGGGGCUUUUUUUACAGAAUAUUUAGUAGGGAUUUGCAAACGGCUUAGACACACUUCCUGCUAUUAGAUGAUGUAACCAACCAGCAUAAUCCUUGAAAUCACCAGCACUCACUCCACAUGCACCCUUCCUCUGCCCCCAAUGUUUGUCAUACAAACACAAGAGAUAUUUUUGGGUGAGAGAUCUUAUUUGAUUGGUCUUCUCACUAUUUGCUUGUUUGAUUAUGGCUGAUCAAGCACAUCUUGUAUAUUUUGUAAAUCUUUCUUCCUAAAUAGAAAUGAUAUAAUGAUAUAAAGUUCGAAUUAUGUAUUAUUCU